AUGUCAUUGGAAGCUAUUAGUUUCAACAGAUCAAAUCCAGAAAGAGUUUCGGUAAAGAUACUUGAUCAAUUGCUUUUACCAUAUACCACUAAAUUCGUUCCAAUUCACACAAUUGAGGAUGGGUAUUCAGUCAUCAAAAAAAUGCAAGUGAGAGGUGCUCCGGCAAUUGCAAUUGUGGGUUCUCUAUCAGUUUUGACUGAAGUCCAAUUAAUAAAAUGUAACAUAACUUCCAAUGUUAAAGAACUUUACAAUUUGUCAAACUGGGAAUCUAUAAAAAAAAUGGUAAACGAAAAGUUGGAUUUUCUCUUGAGCAGCAGGCCAACAGCGGUCAAUUUAUCGAAUUCCCUUGCAGAGAUUAAAAACAUAUUGAAAUCUUCAAAUGAUCUCGAAGUUUUUGACCGUGAUUUAUACAGUUACGUCUGCAAGUUAGUAGAUGAUGAUUUAGCAAAUAACAUGAGAAUGGGUGAUAAUGGAGCUAAAUAUUUGGUAAAUAUGUUAGAAAAGGAUGGUUUCAAGGGCGCAUUUGCUGUCCUAACCAUCUGUAAUACUGGUUCCUUGGCGACUUCUGGAUAUGGCACGGCUUUGGGAGUUAUCCGUUCUUUGUGGAAGGAUUCACUCGCUAAGACUCAAAAAGUACGUUCAGGAUCGAAUGAUGAAAAACAUCCUAAGAUGGACCAUGUAUUCCCAUUGGAAACACGGCCUUAUAACCAAGGGUCAAGGUUGACCGCGUACGAACUUGUUUACGAAAAAAUUCCAUCAACUUUGAUUACAGACAGUUCCAUCGCAUAUAGAAUUAGUACCAGUCCAAUUCCAAUCAAGGCGGCCUUUGUCGGGGCUGACAGAAUCGUCCGCAAUGGAGACACAGCAAAUAAAAUUGGUACCCUACAACUUGCUGUAAUUUGUAAGCAAUUUGGAAUUAAGUUUUUUGUAGUCGCCCCUAAAACAACUAUCGAUAAUAUAACCGAAACUGGUAGUGACGUUAUUGUGGAAGAACGUAACCCCGACGAAUUCAAAUUAGUCACUGGUACGGUUGUUAAUCCUGAAGAUGGUUCCCUGGUUCUGAAUGCAUCAGGUGAUCCCAUCUCAGGAAAGGUUGGAAUUGCCCCGCCUGAGAUUGAUGUCUGGAAUCCUGCUUUCGAUAUUACUCCACAUGAGUUUGUUGACGGAAUUGUUACUGAAGAAGGAGUAUUUACCAAGAAUGAUCAGGGUGAAUUUGAUCUACGAAGUCUUUUUUAG